AUGAAUCCUAUUCAACCAGCUCAACACUUGCCACCACCUCCACCUCAACAACAACAGCAACAUCAACAACCUCAAAUUCAACCACCGCAAACACAACAACCUGCUCAGAUUCAUCAACAAUCUCCUCCACAAAUCAGUUCUUUACCUCCACCAUCUCAAGUCCAACCACAAGCUGCUGCUCAACCUGCUAUUCAGCAACCACCUCUGGUUCACCAAUCUCCAGUUCAACAACCUCAACAGCCACAAAUUAUUCAAGCACCACCAGCCAAUCAAUCACCAGUUGUUCAACAACAGAGCAUACCACAAAUAAUUUCUCAACCGUCAGCAUCACCAGUUGUUCAACCACCACAACCAGUCCAAGAAACCGCAAAAGUUGAACCAAAGGUUGAAGCGCCAGUUGAACCAAAACCACAAGCUCCUGUAGAACCGGUCGCAGCUCCAAUUGUUCAACCAACUGAACCUGAACCAAAACCAGUUGCUACUCCACAAGAACCAAUCAAGACUGAAGAAGCAAAACCAGCUGAACCUGAGCCAUCAAAACAACAAGAAGAUGCUGUACCAGCUGAUAAAGACACUGAGAUGGCACCAAGUAAAGAAGCUACACCAGUUAAUGCUGAAGCUGCACAAGCGCCAACUCCAGCACCAGCACCAGCUCAAGUUCCGGUCGUCGAAAAGGAACCUGUUGAACCUGCUCAAACUGAAACUAAUGGUAAGCAUGAUUUAGAGGACAAGAAUGAUGAUGAAAAGGUUGUUAAGAAAGCUAAUGUUGAAACUGAAACAAAUGGUGAUUCCGAGCAAAGUAAACAACCUGAAGUUGUAGCCGAAAAGGAAAAGGAACCAGUUAAAGAAGCUAUUGAAGUUAAUGGAUCCGUUAGAGAAGAAGAAGAAGUCAAAGAGCAAGAAAAACAACGUGAAUCUUCUGCUACUCCUUCAGCACCUGUUACUGCUACCAGUGAAGCUCCACAAUUUUCUUCUAAUGUUACUGGUAAAGAAGAGGAAAAAGAGCAAGAAAAGAAAGAAGACAAACCAACAGAUUCAAAAGAAGAAUCCAAAGAUGUUGAAAUGGAAGAUGCUGAAAAGAUUGAAGCUGCUCCUACUUCUGCUGUCACCACAGAAGAAGUGCCAAAGCCAGCUGAAGAAACUUCAACUUCCCAAGUUAAAGAAACUAAAGAUGAAGAUGAAGCCAUGGAAGACGAUGAACCGAAAAAGGAUGAAAAUCCUGAACCACCAAUGAGAAAAGUUGAUGAAGAUGAAAAUUAUGACGAUGAAUAG